GAGAAAUAAUAAUAAUAAAACCACCGGUAAUGUGUUGCUAUUCUCAUACAUGUACUCUGAAUUAUAUUCACCUAUAAAUAUGGUAACCCUCUUGAUCUCUUCCUUCCAUGCAAGCUUUGGUUUCAGUCCAAGCUCAACUCUCUUUCAUAUCACAGUUUUGCUGGUUCAGUAGUUGAGUACUUUAAUGGAGUUUCAUUUCCUACCCAUCUUCACAUUUCUUUCUCUGGCACUGGUGGCUAGCCAUGCAGCUCUACCUUCUGAGGUUUAUUGGAAGUCUGUUCUGCCAAACACUCUCAUGCCCAAAGCAGUCAAGGACCUUCUACACCCUGAAUGGAUGGAAGACAAAAGCACUUCAGUCGGGGUAGGAAAGGGUGGCGUAAACGUGGGUGCGGGGAAGGGAAAGCAGGGCGGUGGAACUAAUGUCGGCGUCGGCAAAGGAGGCGUAUCCGUGGGCACAAGUCAAAAAGGAAAGCCCGUAUAUGUUGGAGUAUCACCGGGGCCAGUGCCAUUCCUGUACAAAUAUGCUGCCACUGAGAAUCAACUCCAUGAUAACCCCAAUGUUGCUCUUUUCUUUUUGGAAAAGGACAUGCAUGUAGGCACAAAGAUGAACUUACACUUCAUUAAAAGUACAAAUGCCGCUACUUUCUUGCCUCACAUGGUUGCUAAGUCGAUACCAUUUGCGUCCGACAAAAUCCCAGAUAUCUUGAACCGAUUCUCGGUGAAGCCCAACUCGGUGGAAGCUGAAGCAAUGAAGAAAACAAUUAAAGAGUGUGAGGAGCCUGGCAUCACAGGAGAAGAGAAGUAUUGUGCCACUUCUUUGGAGUCCAUGAUAGAUUUCAGCACUUCCAAGCUGGGGAAAAAUGUUCAGGCAAUGUCCACGGAGGUGGAAAAAGAAACUCAGCUGCAGGAGUAUAGAAUUGCAGGGGUGAAGAAGAUGGCUGGUGGAGACACCGUUAUAUGCCACAAACAGAGCUAUGCAUAUGCAGUAUUUUACUGCCACAAAACGCACAACACCAAAGCGUAUAUGAUUUCCUUGAAGGGAACUGAUGGGACGGCAGCUAAAGCAGUAGCAGUGUGCCAUAAAGAUACCUCAGCAUGGAACCCGAAGCAUUUGGCCUUUCAAGUGCUCAAGGUUACACCAGGAACCGUUCCAAUCUGCCAUUUCCUUCCUGAAGAUCACAUUGUCUGGGUUUCCAACUAGCUCUCUGCAAAAAGCCGCAAUAGCCAUUAGUUUCAUCAGUUCAUUUGGUGUGGUUUGCAUGUAACAUCGUGAAACUCUUAUCAAUUAAGGCGUUAUUUGUAUUAUCUAUAUACAUCUAGGUAUAGGCAUAAAUAAAUAUGGUACUGAAGGCUUGAUGAAGGGGGAUAAUGCAGUUUCAUCAGUUCAUUUGGUGUGGUUUGCAUGUAACAUCGUGAAACUCUUAUCAAUUAAGGCGUUAUUUGUAUUAUCUAUAUACAUCUAUGUAUAGGCAUAAAUACAUAUGGUAUUGAAGGCUUGAUGAAGGGGGAUAAU